AUGAGCUGGCAACCAACACAGGCCGACCUGGAGGAGCGCCUUGAACAACUCCGUUUCGUCCCAGAUUUUCUCGCCUACCUCACCUACGUCCUCAUUCACUGCGUCGGCGAACAAGACUCUCACCGUGCAGUCGCGGGUCUUUUACUCAAAAACGCUCUCGUUGCACGAUCUGGUCCGCCGCAAAAUGAGGCGGACGGGAGAGCACUGGCAUACGUCAAAGCUACCAUCUUGACAGGUUUGCAAGACAAAGAUCAGAUGAUAAGACAAACCGUAGGGGCUGUCAUCACUUCUUUACUGAGUAAUGAUGAGACUGGUGCUUGGCCAGAAGCUUUGGACGCAGUUACGAAUGGUAUGAGUUCACAAGAUCCUAAUCUCGUCGAAGGAGUCUUUAACACGUUAGAUAAAAUUUGUGAAGAUUGUCCUCACAAGCUGGACGUCUGGGUCGGGGGACAAAACCUUUUGGAUCAUAUCGUUCCACAACUCAUCAAAUACACCGCUCAUUCUACUUCCAGAAUUCGUCUUUACGCCUUGGAAUGUCUUGUCAACCUCUGCGAAAUUCGUGCUCCAGCUAUAUCAGCCAAUAUCGAUUCUUACAUCCAAGCAUUGUUCGCUCGAGCGGGAGACGAAUCAUCCGACGUUCGACGAGUCGUAUGUGCUUCUUUGGGGCAUGUACUGAAUCAUCGUCCAGAUAAAUUGGUGCCCGAGCUUAACAAUGUGGUUGACUAUAUCGCGUAUUGUUCAAAGGACCAAGACGAGCUGGUCGCACUUGAAGCUAGCGAGUUUUGGCUCACUUUUUCAGAGGAACAAGCUCUUCGUGAUCAGUUACGACCAUUUCUUCCGAAAAUCACACCUCUACUCUUGGAUGGGAUGGUUUAUUCGGAUUAUGAAUUGGCCACUUUGGAUGCGGACGAAGACGAUGAAGCUGUACCGGAUAGAGAGACCGAUAUCAAACCCAGAGGAUACUCCGCAAAGACGCAUGGUGCUCAUGAAUCCAACGAAGCUUCCGCAUCUUCAGGUCCCAGCGGCAAAUCCAGAGAAGCAGCAGACCGAGCGUUCAACGAAGAGGAGGACGAUGAUGAUGACGACGAUGACUUUGUGGACGAUGAAGAUUACGGUGGAGAAUGGAACAUGCGAAAAUGCUCUGCGGCGGCUUUGGACGUUUUGGCUGUUUCGUUUGGACCCGAACUCAUGGACAUCUUAUUACCGUACUUGAAAGAAAGAUUGUUUUCGGGGGAGUGGGUCGAAAGGGAGAGCGGUAUCUUAGCAUUAGGUGCCAUCGCAGAAGGAUGCAUCGACGGUUUGGAACCUCAUCUACCCCAGCUUGUGCCUUGGCUGCUUCAAUCAUUGAAGGAUAGCAAGGCUCUGAUACGGUCCAUCACUUGUUGGACUCUUGGUAGAUAUUCCAGCUGGUGUGUACAUGCCUUUCGAGAUGACAAGACUAAGGUCUUCAUCCCGACCAUGGAAGGACGAGUUCAAGAAGCAGGCUGCAGUGCAUUUGCCACACUCGAAGAGGAAGCUGGUUCAGAGAUCACCCCAUUCCUCGAACCCAUACUUCGUAACCUCACCAACGCUUUCGAGAAAUAUCAACAAAAGAACCUGCUCAUCCUAUAUGAUGCUUUGGGAACUCUUGCCGACGCCGUUGGAUCUGCACUUGGGCAACCACUAUAUCUUGAGAUUCUUAUGCCUCCUCUGAUUCAAAUGUGGAUGAAGUUGGGUGACGACGACGAAGGUCUUGUACCUCUCCUGGAGUGUCUGUCCUCAGUCGCCAUAGCCGCAGGAACAGCUUUCUCUCCUUAUACAGUUCCUGUCUAUCAAAGAUGUGUUCAAAUUAUCAAUACCCGUUUACAAGAAUACCAAAAAUACGAAAGUGCACCCGAUGAUUUUGAUGAACCCGAUCGGACAUACAUAGUCGUCGCUCUUGAUCUAUUAUCAGGUCUUACACAAGGUUUAGGUGAACAAAUACAUCAAUUAGUAGCUACCAGUCAACCACCUUUACUUCAUCUUAUGGCAGUAUGUCUAACCCAUUACGAACCUCCUAUUCGACAAUCCGCUCACGCGUUAUUGGGUGAUAUGGCAAUAUCUUGUUUCCCACUUCUUAAACCUAUCAUGUCACAAUUUCUACCUACCGUCACUGAACAAAUAAUCGCUGAACCACCUGCGGAUUGUGUGAGCGUUUGUAACAACGCUACUUGGGCAGUAGGUGAAAUAGCCAUGCAAUACGCAAGCGACUCAACAGAAUUACAACCUUUCGUAUCUGCUUUAAUCCAACGUUUGGUGCCUAUUCUACUUAGCAAGAAUUCACCGAAAAGUCUAUCGGAAAAUGCCGCUGUGACUAUAGGUAGAUUAGGUUUGGCUUGUCCGGCUGUGGUAGCUCCGGAGCUGAGGACUUUUGCUCAAGAAUGGUGUACCGCUUUAUGGGAGAUUAAGGAUAAUGAAGAGAAAGAUUCAGCUUUUAGAGGUUUUUGCAUGAUGGUUUCUAUCAAUCCUUCGGGUAUUGAGCAUUGCUUCGUAUUCUUCUGCAACGCAGUUUGUAAAUGGACGAACCCAUCCGCUCAACUGAACACCAUGUUUCAACAGAUUCUUCAAGGAUUCAAAGAUGGUCUAGGACCAAAUUGGGAACCAACUCUAGCAGGAUUCCCCCCCGUCCUUCGUGAUCGUAUGAGGGAACGAUAUGGCGUUUAG